GAGAGCUGAAAUGCAGCUGGUUGCAGCCAAAUUGCCGCUCACCCACAGGACACCUUUUUCUGUGGAGGAUAUUUUGGAUCCCACAAAGUUUACAAGGAGAAUAAUCUGUGCUGAGGAUGCAGCAACAGCAGAUGAACCCAGAGAGCAGCAGCAUCCCCCGGCAGGUGAAAGCACCCCGGAGAAGAAGGCAGCUCAGAGCUCCAAGACGAAAAGCCGUCGGAUCCGCACCGCCUUCACCCUGGAGCAGCUGCAGAUCCUGGAGCGCAGCUUCCAGAGGUGCCACUACCUGUCGGUGCUGGAGCGGCACACCAUCGCCUCGGCCCUGCGCCUAUCCGAGACCCAGGUCAAGAUCUGGUUCCAGAACAGACGCACCAAGUGGAAGAAGGAGCAGCUGCAGGGGAAGGACUCAGAAGGGGAGCACGGCUUCUCUUCAUCAUCCUCCUUCUCCUCACAUCCGGCUGUCUGCUCAUCUCUGACCUACAGCCCGCUGUACUGCCAGCCGCGCGCUCCGCUGCAGCUGUUUGCGCCACUGCCGCUGCUACCUUAUCAUCAUCACUACACAUCAUGAGUGACUGAGCACAUCAUGGACCCACAUGUCAACAUCUCCAGGGAAGAGGUUCUGCAAAAUAUGGCACUAUUAUCACUAUUCAGGAGAGCUGUUUCAGUGCCAAACUGGACUGAGUUUAAAAUAUUUUCUAAUGUAAUUACGCUAUAACUUAUUUUCAUAAAUAUUUUUGUUAAAUUGUUCAUGUUUGUCAGCUGUUUAUUAAAAUAUAUUGACUCACUGACCUUCACGCGGUGCCAUGAAAGAGUCAAAGAUUUUUAAAAUCAACUUGCUGGAACAAAUUUUAAGUAGUAUUUUUUUACUGUAAUUAUUUCCAUUAUAUAUUUAUAUUUCGUGUUUAUGCACCAAAACACAAAUGUCUUGUAAACCUACCUGGCAAUAAACCAG